AUGGGAAAUGGCAUGUUCUUGUUCAAGAUGCCAACACCGGCAUCCAAGCGGCUCGCCCUGAGCAGGAAAAUAUGGCAUGUUGGGCCAUGCCCGCUAUAUGUCUCAGAGUGGUCACCGUUUCACGAUCCAGCGAAACCCCCAUUGACAAAGUUCUCCACCUGGAUCUCCCUUCGAGGCAUACCCCAUCAGUUGUUCAAUUUUGACUGCCUCAGUCGCCUGGUGACUGGCAUAGGCACUCCAAUUUACUUGGACAAGGCUACGGCAACAAAAGAAAACCUUACAGUGGCCCGGAUAUAUGCCGAGGUCGAUGCAACAUCAAAGCUGCCGCACAAGCUCGCAGCAAGCCUCCCCACAGGUCAUGUGGCUAGAUACUGUCCAACAGUGGCCCAACCGAAACCUCAGCAAGAUCAGAACAACCAUAGUCAAAAUCAGCAUGAAACCAUGACUAAAGGAACCAAAAAGCUAGUGGAGGACAAGAUCACCCAACAACCCGCAGCCUCAACUGAUCAGGAGGAGAAGAAUCAGGAGAAUCAGAGACAAAGAUCCACCAAGGCUACUGCAACUGAGAAAACAGAGGAGAGCCACGAGGUGUACAAUCAAGUGCUAAAGAAUGAAGACAACAAGCUAGAUCAUGCAAAAUCCAGCCCCAACAGCCAACCUCAGUCGCAGCCAGUAGAACCCCCAAAGUCAGCAACAGAAACGACGGGCAAGAGGAUGACAAACAGGACUGCAGCCAAGACACACAAAGCCGAACCCGGUGACGCCAACUCCACUCGUGGCCGCAAGGCCACGAGGAACCGCAAGACACACAUCAGAGAACCAAAUGCUGUGAGAGGACUGCUAGCUUUUCCGAAUGGCUGGAAAACUUUCUGUAAUUACGCCGAUGAUCGUUCAGGCCGUAUACUGGUGGGUUGGGAUCCGAGCGCCACUGUCACCAUCUACCAAACAAGUGCGCAAGCAGUAACCUGUGGUUUUCACCAUCCAUCACUCCAAUGGUCAUUCACAGCCACCUUCGUGUAUGCUGACAACUCCGUAAUUGAGCGGAAAAGGCUAUGGCAGCAGAUAAAGGAGCUAUCUAUAUACCCUCUGCUAAAAUCAACACCAUGGAUAGUCUUGGGGGAUUUUAACCAAACACUAACCCCGUCAGACCGUUCCGACUAUCCUAUAAGUACUGUUGCCCCCCCAAGCAUGACGGAAUUUGUCGAAUAUAGGAUUCUCGGAAACCAAGUCUGGCUCACCGACCAUUACUCUAUAUCAGCAGAAUUUGGGAACCCCGGUCCAUCAGACCACGCCCCAGGAAUCGUCAGGCUGCCGUCCACAAUGACACGGACUGUCUCGGACUGCUGGGGCGAGAAUUCCACUACAGGCACGGCCCAAUUCCUCUUAUGUUCUCGCCUGAAGAUGCUCAAGUCACAUCUUAGGAGGCUAAACAAGACCUCAUUCAGUGAUAUCUCGAAGCGAACUCAAGAGGCCUACGACAAGCUAACAACAACUCAAGCAGCAUUGUUCGAAAGCCCUUCCACUGCCCUAGCCAUAGAAGAGCAGAGACUGCGUAGACACUGGAAUAUACUAGCUGCGGCCGAGGAACGAUUCUACAAGCAGAAACUUAAGAAGCUCCUCGGAGUCACUGGCCUCGACAACUACAUGCAAGGAUUGCUCUCCAUUCCAACAGCAGCAGAAGUGCAAAAAACACUGACAUCCAUGCCGAAUAAUAAAGCGCCCGGACCAGACGGUUACCCCAAAGAGUUCUACGUCAAUACAUGGAGCAUAGUGGGUGAUGGCCUAGUUAAAGCGGUGCAAGAGUUCUUCAGCUCGGGUCAAAUGUUAGGCCAAAUCAACGCCACAAUGAUUUCCUUGAUACCGAAGCGAACGGGAGCAGAUUCACUAAGUGAUUUCAGACCAAUAAGCUGCUGCAACACCAUAUACAAGAUCAUAUCUUCAAUCCUUGCAAGCCGACUAAAACCGAUUCUAGAGAAGCUGAUUUCACGCAACCAGGCAGCCUUCUUAAAGAGACGACUAAUGCUUGAAAACAUACUCUUGGCUGCUGAAUUGAUCAGGGAUUACAAUCGACCUUCUGCCCAACCGCAAGCGAUGCUGAAAAUUGAUAUUCGGAAGGCUUUUGACACAAUCAAGUGGAGCUUCAUCACCAAAAUACUUCAUGCCAUCGGCCUACCUACCACUUUUGUAGGAUGGAUCAAGACAUGCAUAACAACACCUAAAUUCUCUAUAUCGGUCAAUGGAGAGCCGGCUGGAUAUUUUCCAGGUGGAAGAGGACUUCGCCAAGGGGACCCGAUCUCACCAUACCUUUUUAUACUGUCCAUGGAAGUUCUAUCCAGAAUGCUUGAUGAAUCUGCUCGGCAGGGGAAGCUCAAGCCACAGCAGGGUUGUGUAGACCCGCUGAUAACUCACCUAUCCUUUGCAGAUGACGUUAUCAUCUUCUCCGCAGCAAAUAGAGAGUCCAUUACGGAGAUAAAAGAUGUGCUCUACCAAUUCGAGAGUUUCUCGGGCCUUAAAAUUAAUCAAAGCAAAUCAGACCUCUUCAUCUGUGGUUUACCGGAGGCAGAAGCAUCGAACCUAACAUCAUUAUUGGGAAUUCGUCGCGGGAAUCUUCCGAUACGCUAUCUAGGGGUGCCGUUAAGCCCGUGGAAACUCAGCAAGCAAGACUACCAACCGCUGCUUGAUAAGAUCAACUCGAAAAUCCAAUCCUGGACAACCAUCUUCCUCUCUUAUGCGGGCAAGGUUGACAGCAUAUGCGCCAAGUUCUUAUGGAAAUCCGGUAACACGGGAGCUCACAGGGUCUCUUGGGCGAACAUUUGCCUACCGAAAAUGAAAGGCGGGCUAGGGCUCCGGAAGCUAGAAGACAUAAACACCUCAGCCAGGUUGAAGCUAGUUUGGCUCCUCUUCGCCAACUCGGGAUCGUUAUGGGUCGCCUGGGUCCGCAAACAUCUACUGAAGCGCUGCCAACCCGAGAUAGACUACAUCGAUGGGGAGUGCAGGCGGAGACGUCUUGCUGCCUAUGCUCGACAGGGGAAGAGUCCCACCAACACUUAUUCCUUGAAUGUCCGUUCAGCUCAUCCGUCUGGCAAUAUUACGCAUCACGCUUUGGCUCAGAACCACCGCACCAACUCCACCUCUAUCCAGAUUGGAUCGAAGCCCUCCGGAAUGACCCCAAUCGCCACAAGCGAACCUUGA